UAUCUGGCCACACUAUAUGUGCGGUGGAAGUUUUUUGUGUAAAAAUUAUUAUUUAUUUAUUUGUAAAAAUGGACCUGAACGCUCUGCUGCAGCGAGCCCAGAAUCUGACCAAGGAGGCCAAAGCGGAGUGCGAGCUGCCCGCCGUGGAGCGGACGCUUCAGCAGGUCCUGCAAGCUACCACAGAGCUCCAUUCCCGCGUCACCCAAACCGGCGGCAAAGAGAUCCAAGCGCAUAUACUGCUGGGAUCCAAGGGCGUGGACCUGCCCAAACUGAACCAGAAACUGGAGGCGCUGAGUGCCCGAAAAACCUUCGAGCCACUGGACGUAAAGGCGGACACGGAUGUGCGCACCUUUCUGAAGAACGAGCGCGAGAACGCCAUCCUCUCGGUGAUCGAGGACACCAACAAAAAUAUCAACGACUCUGUGAGCAAACAGAAGUGGGCCAGCAUGAACAGUGCCUGGAACGAGGAGAAGACGCGUCUACUGGACGCACUGAUAGCGCCAUCUCAGAAUUUCAUCGACCUGCAGCGGCUGCCUGAACCCACCAUCUUAAAUCCGCACUGCCAGCCGCGGUCCUGCCUUGAUCCCCUGGAACUGGUCUAUGCCCAGGAACUGCGGCACUACAACGAACUGCUGCUGAAGGGCAGCAACCGACCCAAUCUCGUACAGAAGUUUGCCCAGCUGUCCCAGAGCUUCGGUGACUCUCGGCUGAUGGACAUGUGGACACUGCUGGCCUGCGUCACCCAAAUAAGCGAGCCUCUGCACUGCGAUCCCAUCAAGAGCCGGCAGCAGCGGCCAGAUUUUGUUAACCACGCCAAAUCGUACCUGGAGCGACGCUACCGGGUGUUCAUGUGCUCCCAGGUGGGUGGAUCCUAUGCCAGCAAUAGCUAUCAAUUGGUCCUGGCCUACGUGAGCCACCGGUUUAGUGCCCAGCAGACCAUCGGACUGGUGGACACAGUGGGCGAAAGGCCGUUGUGGCCGCUGGUUUACUACGGAUUGCGCUGCGGAUCGGCCGAAACGGCGGUGGAGUUCCUGCGCGAAGCAGGCAGUAGCCAUGAGGAGUUCGCCCAGCUGGUGGCUGAUCGAAUCUCCGGCGAGAUAAAUUCCCGGAUCGAGAACCAGCUUAAGCUGCAGUAUGCCAACAAGAUACGCAACUCCACGGAUGCCUACAAGAAGGCCGUCUACUGCAUCCUCCUGGGCUGCGAUGCCAAUGAAGUUCAUGGAGAGGUGGCCAAGUCCAUUGACGACUUUCUGUGGAUUCGGCUGGCUAUGCUGCAGCCCGGCGACGCUGCCAACUAUGGAAAGUUGCAAUCGCUGAUUCUGGAGAAGUAUGGCGAGAAAUACUUCAGUGCCGGCCAGCAGCCGCAUCUCUACUUCGAGACACUGGCUCUCACUGGACAGUUUGAGGCAGCCAUCGAGUUCCUGGCCCGCCGGGACGACACCCGCGUCCAUGCCGUGCACAUGGCCAUAGCACUGCACGAACUGGGUCUUCUGGGCGGUGCGCGCAGUGUGUCCCAGCCUCUGCUAUCGAUUGACAUUAAGGAUCCGCAGCCACUGCGACGCCUCAACCUAACGCGCCUUAUCCGGCAGUAUGUGCAGAGGUUCGAGCGCACGGACACCUCGGAGGCCUUGCAUUACUACUAUACUCUGCGCUGCCUAAAAGAUCCCAAGGGCAGGAACAUGUUCAUGUCAUGCGUGUGCGAUGUGGUGGUGGACAGUGGAGUCUUUGAUACGACCAUAUUUGAUCUAAUAUUCGGCCAGCGGCAGGCGAGUGACCAAGAUGAGGUUAACAGUGGCUUGUUCUGUCAAUUCGACUGCCCUGAGUUUGACACACGCACCAUGGCCGCUCUGGUGGCCGACGAGCUGGCCUCUCUCGGCAACUUUGAGAUCUCAGCGCGACUUUACGAAAUGGCCGGCAAAUAUAACCUUGCCCUGAAGCACAUCUGCAUUCUGCUGGCCCAGGUGGUGCAUCUGCCUGCGCUUGGUGGAUCGUUAAGGGAGCGCCUCGGCCAGGAGGCCCAGAGGUUCUCUCAACUACUGGCCAGCGACAACAUCGAGUUGGAGCCCAAAAUGAAGGGCAGUUUUGUGUUGCUGCAGGACCUGCUUAUCUUCUUUAACUUCUAUCAUGAAGGCCAUCUGAGUGGUGCACUGGAGGUGCUUCGGCGGACCCAAUUGAUGCCCAACACGACUAACGAUGUGGAUGUGUGUCUGGCCAAUGUAAAGCGACUCAGCGGGGAGGUGAUCAAGGUGCUGCCCGACGUUAUUGUGGCCGCCAUGGACAUUGCCCAGCGGCAGUAUAAGCAGCUGAAAACGGGUGUGGGGAGCUCGAUGGACCAGAGCGAGCUGCAGCAGCUCCGGCAGCGAGCCAAAGCCCUCUCCAACAUGGCCGCCACAAUGCCAUACCGCCUGCCCAACGACACCAACAGGCGGCUGAUUCAACUGGAACUGGUGAUGCACUAAAAUAAAAGUCCUUUAGACCAAUGUUCUCCAUCCACUUCAGCCUAAUAACCGGAUUUAUGGGAAACUUGAACAUGGAGCUACUAUCCUGCUGGCCACUCUCAUGGCAGUUGGUCACGAUGCAGCGGAGAUUUCGGUUUUUCAUUUUUUUCGGCAGUGCCCUU